AUGGUGCUUUGUGUUACAAUCGUGUUGGGUGACGGUUGCACAAUCUUUUCAACCAACGGAUCCACGGCGAGUUAUUUUGAAUACCACCGCUUUUAUGACUUCCGCAAUAUCCAAACUUCCAGGACGGCGCAGAGCACUUACUCUGAUGCUUCUCUUUUCCCCGCAAGCAAAAUAGUAAAUAACGCAUCAUGGACAGACGAUUGGAGUAUCAGAGUCCAGUCCAAAGGUGCAGCUAACGACCACGCGUUACCGAUGCAAUAUACUUCCUCGAACGUCAAUAUUCACAACAGCACCGAUGCCUCCCGAGACCCCACGACCUACCUGACCCUGUCAACAAACCGGCAGCAAUCCUCCCAACAGGCCGGCGAACUCGACUACAAGCUCACGAACCUCUCCCACGCCUCAGUCCGGGUUCUGGGGCGCGUAAGAGGCGCCCCUGGCGCGGCAGCAGGAAUCUUCACCUACUGGAACGACACCACGGAAUCCGACAUCGAGAUCCUGAGCCGCGACCCAGCGACCUCCAUACAUUAUUCGAAUCAACCCACAACGACGGAUUCAGGAGCGACGGUGCCGGGCUCCACAUGGAAUGUAUCCGUGCCAUCUGGCGCAGCCUGGACGAGCUGGAACGUGCAUCGACUAGACUGGAUCCCGAGGCAGAGCGCGUGGUACGUGAAUGGGCUGCAGAUGGCGAGCACGGUAGUCAACGUGCCCCGGAGCCCGAGUAUGCUUAUUCUGAAUAUGUGGAGUAAUGGCGACGCAUGGUCGGGGGUUAUGGCUGUCGGUGCUGCGGCUGAGUUGCAGAUCCAGUGGAUUGAGGUGGUGUUUAAUGCUUCCUCGGAAGCUUUCACUCCUUCUCCGUCUCCCUCAAAGCCGGUGGUUUGUUCCGUUGAUAAAGUUGUUGGAAUUCCUGUAGUGUCUGAAGGCGUGGUGUCCGCCUGGGAUCACGGAACCCUCAUGAUGUGGCUGUCUUUAUCCUUGACCACCUUUUGGUCGCUUGUCUGA